AGCUGAUCGACGCCGCAAAGCAACAUCGGCAGCAGAUUCGUGUGUCUCUUUCUUUAAACUUAAAAAAACCUUAAAUAUCUCCGUUAAGUUCGCAUUUCAGGACUUAAUUUUUUUACUCUGAGGAGCUGUGGAGGAUGUCUAUGGCUGAGAGUAAAAAAGAGACCUACAUGAAUCUGAAUCCGUCAUGCUGAUGUACUGUGAAGAUCCAUCGAGUUUCUGUUCCUUGGUUCUGAACAUUACCAGCGCGACUGGCAGUUUUAUAGGGAAUCAACUGGAUCUUCUGUACCUAGGAUGGGUCGCGUCACUUCUGUAUCCUGCCAUCCUUGUGUUUGUCAUUUUACCUUCACUGAUAUUGGUGUUGCUCUACAUAUCGGCAUUCCUGCUGUACAUAUACAUGAGAAGAAAAAAAGUGUACAAUGUCCUGAAUGAAACACUACACCGUGACCCUUGGGCGAGUGGGCGCUACCUGAUAUCACUCCUUUGGGAUGCUCAUGGCUACAUCUGGCAUGGGUAUGAAGUUCGUGGCCUUGAGAACCUCCCAGAUGAGGGCCCAUGCCUGAUUAUCUACUACCAUGGUGCUAUACCCAUAGACAUCUAUUACCUUGUAGCCCGGACCAUCCUCACAAAAGGCAGGCUGAUCCACUGCGUUGGAGACCGUUUCUUAGAGAAAGUUCCAGGCUGGAAAGUCAUACUCGAAGCAUUCCACAUCACUCCAGGGACCAUCACGUCGUGUGUACAAACGCUCUCUGAAAAUAACAUCCUGUCCAUAUCCCCGGGAGGAGUGCGCGAAGCCCAGUUCUCCGACCACAAUUACCAGCUCAUGUGGGGGAACCGCACGGGCUUUGCAAAAGUGGCGAUAGAGUCAAGAGCGCCAGUCGUCCCCUUGUUCACGGAGAACCUGAGAGAAGCAUUCCGCACAGUUUCAUGGCCGCAGCGUUUCUGGAUUGCUCUCUAUGAAAAGCUGAGGUUCCCCAUAGCACCCAUUUAUGGGGGAUUUCCAGUCAAGCUUCGAGCACACCUCGGAGAGCCCAUCUACCACAGAGAAGGCGAGACAGUGGAAGAACUAGCCGAGAGGAUCAGAGCCAGUUUGAACAGCUUGAUUCAGAGGAAACAGAAGCUUCCAGGAAACAUACUAAGAGCUCUGCUAGCAAGGUUUUACGAACCUUCAAAGAAUGACUAGUUGCAGUUGGGGGGUAAAUCUGUUAUGUGUUUGGAAGAGGAAAGUAUUUAUGGGAGAGCAAUCAUUACAUUGUUUGUAAGAUUUGAUAUGUUUUGUGUGCAUUUCAUUACUGUGGCAGAAUGUGAUUCUGUGAUAUUGCUGGCUCUGUUCAUUCCAGUCAAUUUGUUGAUGAUUACAAAGGUAAUAUAUUCUAUUCCAUGGUUAAAAUAUACUAUUUUAAAGUCUA